AGUUAGCCUCACAGCUCUGAUGCUACAGCGAACACUGCAGUUAUAAACCGGUAUUUUAGCUCAGUUUACCGACGCUAACUAGCCGUCCACUUCUUCAGGCACGUAACGAGGUGGUUUACCGUCGUUACGUUAAAUUUUGACCUCAAAAUGAGCUGACGUUUAAUAUUUAACGACACUUUUAACACGGAGUGAUCUGCCUGCCAAAAUGACUCCAAGAGCGCAUCGACAACUCAUCUGAUAUUGGCAGAAAUCCAGUUUCGUGCAUCGCUUUAAAUCACAGUUAUAGAAGAGAUCAACCUUUCUAAGGUCUUUCUGAUGGCGAUCCUGAACCUGUCCUUUGCUGCGUGUGGAUUCUUGGGGAUCUAUCACCUCGGGGCCGUCGGGGCUGUUCUCCGUCACGGUGACAGGCUGGUGGGCUCCCUCAGGGCGUGUGCAGGGGCCUCAGCCGGGGCGCUGGUGGCUGCUGUGAUGGUUACAGCUCCUGACAAGUUAGAGCAUUGCAAAGAUUUCACUUACAGGUUUGCCGACAGCGUAAGACGACAGAGAUUUGGAGCCGUCACACCGGGAUUCAACUUCAUGCUCACUCUAAGGGAGGGGAUUGAAGAGAUUCUUCCUGCCGAUGCUCACAGCCUGGCCUCCGACCGCCUCCACGUCUCCAUAACGCACUCAAAGAGCGGGAAGAACCACGUGGUGUCCACGUUCACCUCCAGGGAGGAGCUCGUAGAGGCUCUUCUCGCCAGCAGCUUUGUGCCUGUCUACGCCGGACUCAAACCUGUGGAUUUCAGAGGACAGAAAUGGAUCGAUGGAGGAUUCACUGACAGUCUACCCAUUCUGCCUGUGGGACGAACCAUCACUGUGUCCCCGUUCGCUGGACAGCAGGAUGUUUGUCCUGUCCACAGGGGGCGCUACAACACUCAGCUAAGACUGGCCAACAUGAACAUAAUGCUCUCUGUAGAAAACAUCAAACGUCUGAACCAGGCCCUGUUCCCCCCGUCCAGCAGCAGCAUGACGUCCUACUAUGAGGAGGGUUUCAACGACGCUGUGAGGUUCCUGAAGAGAGAAAAGUGGAUAAGCUGACAUGAAAGAAGCAAUUUUUAGACAUGUUGGGGAACAUUUUAAGGGUUUUAAUGUAUUUAUUCACUGCAUGGUUUUGAUUUUUUCCUGAUAAAACUGUAAAAGCACCAAACAAGGAUGCAUCUUCACCAAAGUGGGUUUGUUUGGAUCCUUUUUUUCUCCAGGAUCAAGGCCUUAGUUUUUAUUUAUAAAGCUGAGCAUGAAAGAGCGCGUGCAUGGCUGUGAGCCUCAGUCAGAUAAAUGCUAUCUGCUCUUUCUCCUCGGCUCUGUGUGACAGCAGCAGAACAUGAUGAAAAGCGCUCAUGAGAACAUGGACUCCUCAUCAAUUUUCCAAGGAGGCUUUUAAUUUCCCCGCAGCUGGAAGCGUUGAGAGAGAGAGACAGAGAGAAGAGGGGGGGGGAGAAAUAUUGGACAGUGCAGCACUUCACAGGACAUCAUGGAUGUUGGCACUCCCUCCGGACUGGAGGAUGGAGCGUCAUCUUUGAAGUGCCGGCCGUUUCCGCGGGCUUUCUGUGCUGCAGGGUUAGCGUUUGAUUCCCUCCAGCGGUGGGAGACGUGAGCAGGUUCUCCAUCAGCUGGUUACGUGAGAAAGAGCGGCUCCUCCCUCAGGACGCUCGCAUGUUGAAGGAGACGCACCAAGCUGCUGCUGCUCCAAGGAGGAACCAGUGUAAUUGAUUACCUUGUAGUAGCUACACAGACGGGGUAUUAAUGCUCAAAGGGAGCUGAAAUAAAACCUUUGCUCUUUUUACUGCAGAGAAAAGACUUAAGGGAGGGGAAAUCUAUACUUUUAGCAGAUAAAAUACUCUAAAACAGCCUACAAAAACAGAUCAAGGCCUCAUUUCCCAGAAGCUGCGUCGAUUAGGAGGCAUUUCCCACAAGCCUUAAAGCUCAGCGUAUAUGAUUUGAGCAGCUCAUAUCCUGAAGGCUUAGGUAGGGCCAUGCUGUGCAAAAAACAAUCAGAAUUUUUAGUCAAAUUUGUUUAUUCAAGAUGCAAUCAACCAUCAAAGUACAUAAAGCAAACAGAGCAGAAGUUUCAAGUAGGUCAGCUGAGUCUGAAAUUAAAUAUGUCAACGUACUGCAAUGUUCAGCUCUACACAUCAUGCUAACAUUCAGUUGUUCAAUUAUUUCAGUUAAUUUCAAAGCCUCAAUCUAGCUGUUUCCAUUGUCCAUUUGUGGGGGGAAAAAGGAUGUAGGGCUGGGCAAUAUGUAAUCUUUUCAUGGUGUAUCCAGAGAUGUAGUUUUUUUUUUUUUUUUGCAGUUCCAUUUCCUGGUUGAAACUCUUUUUAUUCAUUUUUUUUUUAAUUUUCCAGAUGAAGACUCAUUAGAGUCGAAAUGUGUUGAAACCCCUGCUUAAAUAAAGGAUUUUUACUACA